UACACAAGGUAUGGGCGGAGUUAGAAUUUUACACACUUCCCAUCUCUUUUCUUUUUUUUUUUACUGCUCCGUCGUCAACAUCUGGACAGAUCGGUAGGGCUGUUCUCUUCUAAUAAAGACCCAUGAGUGCGUCAGAGGGUGCCCGAAAGCGCCAUAAGGCUCGGCCAAGUGGCACUAAUGUGGGGCAGAAAGAGAAGAAAGCAGAGGUGGGACAAUGGGGAAGAGCAUGGGAGGUGGACUGGUUCUCAUUGACUGGAGUGAUUCUUCUUCUGUGCCUGGCGCCGUUCAUCGUCUUCUUCUUCAUCAUGACCUGUGAUCAGUACCAGUGCUCCAUCAGCUUGGUUCUGCUGGACAUCUACAACGGAGACGCCAGUCCUCUGAGCAUCUUGAAGCAAGCGCCUUCAUUCACGUGGACCGCCGCCAAAAUCUAUGCAGCCUGGGUCACUUUCCAGGUGGUGCUGUAUAGGUGUAUUCCAGAUGUUACCCACAAGUUUCUGCCAGGUUACGUAGGAGGAGUGCAGGAAGGAGCUCGGACCCCAGCGGGUCUGAUUAAUAUGUAUCAGAUCAACGGGCUGCAGUGCUGGAUUAUAACACAUGCUUUAUGGGCAGCCAAUGCUUAUCACUUCCACUGGUUCUCUCCCACUAUCAUCUUUGACACCUGGAUCCCGCUGUUGUGGUGCACCAACAUCCUCGGCUACACCGUUUCCAUAUGCGUGUUUAUCAAGGCCUACCUGUUCCCCACCAACCCAGAGGACUGCAAAUUCACAGGAAACUUCUUUUACGACUUCAUGAUGGGCAUCGAGUUCAAUCCACGCAUCGGAAAGUGGUUCGAUUUCAAGCUCUUCUUCAACGGCCGGCCCGGGAUCGUCGCCUGGACUUUGAUUAAUCUGUCCUACGCUGCUAAGCAACAAGAGCUCUAUGGAUAUGUGACCAACUCCAUGAUCCUGGUCAAUGUGCUGCAGGCCAUCUAUGUGUUAGAUUUCUUCUGGAAUGAAGCCUGGUAUUUGAAAACGAUUGACAUCUGCCACGAUCACUUCGGUUGGUACCUGGGCUGGGGCGACUGCGUCUGGCUGCCGUUUCUUUACACGCUACAGGGUCUGUACCUGGUCUACAACCCAGUCCAGCUCUCCUCCCCUUACGCCUGGUCCAUCCUCGCCCUCGGCCUGGUGGGCUACUACAUCUUCCGUUCCGCCAACCAUCAGAAGGACCUGUUCCGGCGCACACAGGGCGAAUGCAAAAUCUGGGGCAGCAAGCCGUCCUUCAUCGAGUGCUCGUAUCGUUCAGCAGACGGCCGCAUCCAUAAGAGCAAGCUGCUCACGUCGGGCUUCUGGGGGGCAGCACGUCACCUUAACUACACCGGCGACCUGCUGGGCUCACUGGCGUACUGCAUGGCAUGUGGCUUAGGCCACCUGCUGCCCUACUUCUACAUUAUCUACAUGACCAUCCUGCUGGUGCAUCGCUGUAUCCGGGAUGAGCAUCGAUGCAGCAGCAAGUAUGGGAAGGACUGGAAACGUUACACGUCUGCCGUGCGUUACCGCCUACUGCCUGGAAUCUUCUAGAAUAAAAAUAUAUAGUUUUUCAUCUCAUAUCUUCAUUGAAAUGUGUAUUUUUUUCCCUCAGUGUUCUUUUUUUUUUUUGCUCAAUAGCCAUCAGAAUUAUUUAGGACCACAUACAGGUUAACUUGUCUACCUCAUUUCAUGUCAUUUGGGAUUUACCUGGAUUUUAAAGCUCGGGCAGGAAUCUGUGAUGAAAAUUGCCGUGGUUCUAUGGCCAAUUUGUAAAAUAAGUGUGUAUGUGGUGUGUUUCUUUACAUAGUAUGCAGUAUAAGAGUAGGCACUUCUAUGCAGUUUUAAAGGCACUUAGAUGUUUUAUACAUAGGCUUUUGUAGGAAUUCUUGAGCAGUCACUAAAAGGAAUCCAAACAGCUAAAUCCAGCUCGGCGUCAGAGUUUAUUUUCAGGAAUAAACGCCUUUUAAGAUACACAGAUUAACAGUUCUGUUAAGACCAGGUACAUUAUCCUAUACAGAAUGAAGCUUGAACUGUUGAUGAGUUUCCCGUAUUAGACUUUUCUUUUCGAAAUGUUUGGAUAAAUAAACAUACACUGAUUUCUA